AACUCUCAUUUGAUUCCAACUCAAGCUGUGACACUAACGCCAGGCGGGAAUACGAGAAAGCCGCGAUGGCGCAGUCGUCCCUAAUGGACACGCGCUGAACCGUCCGCAAAGAGCACCACAUGUCUCUCUUCGCUUUGUAGUCUUCCAUUAUUCCGAUGUUCAUACUAUAGCAUAUUUAUUCUAAUCACAAGUUGUCUUUUCGCUUCUCUACAUGUCUUCCGGUACCCAGUUAUGAUCUUGUUCCGUACCAUGGUGUUGUUUUGAGCAUCCUCCAUUGGGUAUCCGAUAUCGUAUUCCUGGUCUCCUGAGUCGACGGUCCGGUGACGAAGAUGUCUCUCCAUAAUCAAGGGCAGUAUCAGGCCGGUGGUGCGCCCGCACUGGGUCAAGUCACAUCAGCCGACCCUUCAGCAUAUCAUCCGCCAGUGUCAGGCACUCCAACACCUCAACAGCAAUCAUGGCAGCCUCGUCCACAAUCCAUCGCCAGUCCGCCUCCUCAAGCAUGGAGUCAAUCGCCGUCGACUGCCCAGCCGCCUCCUCCGACAAAAUACCAGCAGCAGGCCGCGCAACAUGGUCAUGCACCCCAUGCUGGGUACAAUCCCGCAUCCUAUGCGCCCAUGGGAGGAGUGCAGGCACAGCAGGGACAAUAUGCUCAACCAAGCCAACCAGCUCAGAACCAACAGUAUGCGGUUCCCCCAAGUCCGCACCAGACGCAACAAGUCCGGCCGGCCCAUCAACCCCAUCAGUAUCAACCUCCGACGCCUCAGCAACCCUCCGCACCAUCUCUACCCUCAGGAUACCAAGCGGAGAUCCAACAGAACCAGCAGGGUUGGCCUCAACAUGCUCCAUACUCGUCCCAGCCGCCGACACAUCAGUAUGAACCUGAGAGCCAACCGCUGGCUCAACCACAAGCGCAGCCGCCAGCACGGCGGCAGAGUCAAUAUCAGUACAAUCCAGCACCGGACCAGCAAUCACAACAGCAGCAAGCUCCGCAACAGCAGCAGACAAGCCAACGACCUCCAUCUGUGGACUUCUCCCCAAUGAAUGCUGGCACACAACAAUACUUCCCUCCUCAGCAGCACGGGCGACAAUCCUCAGUCGCCGGACAAGGAUAUGGCAGCGGGCAACAGCAAGUUACUAUCGGGACUCCGAGUCAAGCAUUCAGCACCCCGGAUGAACAAAAUCCAGCCUACAUCCCACCUUCUCUGUCGGGUCAGGGAGUCACGGCUUAUCAGGUCUCCAACACGAAUCCUAUGCCAGGCGUGUAUAUUCCCCCUCCGCCUGAAAAUGUGCCGGCAUGGUCGCCUCAGCAGCAUGCUCCUUUGGCUCCUGGGACCAAGAGAUUCAAGUACGCUCAGCCUUCGGGGAGCUUUGUUCAGAACACACACCCCCCGUCCCAGGUGUACCAACAGCAGCAACAACAGCAGCCGCCCCAGCCGAUGGCGCAGGGCGGACAAUAUCCUCCUCAGCAAGCACCGGCUACCCAUGUACAGUACCAGCAGCCGGACCAACAGCAGCAGGCUGCUUAUAACCCCCAGUUCGAUGCGACGAACCCACAGAUCCAGACCCAGUUGCCUCCCGUGCCGCCGCCGAAGGAUCCUGUUCCAGGCCAAGCGCAGUACAACCAGUCGCAUUCGCAGCACUCGCAGUUGCAACAACCCUACCAUCAACCACAGCAGGGCCAGCAACCUCCGCAGUUCCAGGCUCCGCAAUGGAUUCAGCCACAGGCCCAGCCACAGGCGCCCCCACCGCAGCAGUAUGAUCCGCAUAGUCAAGCAAAUGUACAGCAACCGCAGCCGCAAAGUGCACCUCCGAACUACCAGGCGACGACUGCUACUCCUCAAGCCUAUGAUCACCAACAGGCAGCAGCGCCACAGAAUUUCCAGGCUUCGUCGUCCGCUCCCCAAGGCUACGAGCAAAUACAGCAGCAACCCGGUGCACCUCAGAAUUUCCAGGGGAUUUCCCAGCCGGCUCCUCAAUCAUACGACCAGCAACAGCAAGCGCCUCAGCAAUAUCAACAGCAACCGACCGAACAGUCCCAACAUGCUGCACAGCAGACGCCGCGCCCUAUGCAGUACGCUCCUCAGCAGCAAGCGCACCAGCCGCCACAAGAUGCUGCGGCAGCCAUGAAAUUGCAGGGAGCGGCUCAACAGACCUACCAAAGCCCUGCUCCUCAACAGGCAGUCGCAUCACCAACUCCUCAGAUAGACAUGCAGCAACAAUUUCAACCACCGAUUGCGCCACAGCCAGGGCAGUAUCAACCUCCUCAACCAAGUCAGUACAAGACGCCUCCCCCGCAACCGCAGAUGCAGAGCCAACCCCCACCACAAAUGCCUACUCAACCCGUAUACGGCGCUGGUACACCCAGUCAAGAAUCGAACCUGUACCAAAAUCAACAAUAUCAAGUGCAGAUGCCAAAAGAUUUAUCUACUCAAGAUAAUCAACCGAUAUCCCCGGUGUCGCAGCUAGGGAGCAUCAGCCUCGACUCCAUGAGCCAGGUUUCUGGGCCGUCUAGACAAGAUUCCAAUCAGUCCGUGCCGCAGGUUGGGCGGAAACCCGUCCCGGGCGCGGGGCGAGGACCACUUCCCCUGAGGCAUGCAUCCGUGAGCCAGACGCCGAUUACGUCGCAACGGCAGGACUCAGUUAGUCAACCGGUCGCGAAUCCGAAAGAAGAAAAAGACCCGGCCAAACCAGAAAUCAGCGCGUCCGUCCUCGGCUUUGGCGGGCCGUCUGAUUGGGAGCAUUUCGGCUCGAUGGGCGAUGGCGACAUUGACGAUACAGAGGCGUAUGGCGCCAGCGAGCAGACCAAUGAUGAUCAGCCCACCUCGCCGCAGCAGUUGGAUAGCACGGAAAUCGGCACCAGGGCAGAUGCAGUGGUGGAUCAGAGACAGGAUUGGCCAACCCCGCCCGGAGUCCAUCGGAUGGACUCCAUCAAUAACCGGCCUGUAUCAGCCACUGGAGAUCUCCCGCCCCCGAUGGAUUUCGCGGAAAGUGGAGAUGUGAAGCCGUCUACCGUCGCAGAAACCGUUCCCACCCCCGACCUAUCAACCUCCACCGCUAUGGAGGAGAGCGGAUACUACCCCCCCAUGCCCGAAGAACCCCAGCCCACCCCGCCCGCGACCCGCAAACCCAUCGUCAUCGGCGGCAGCCUCCGGAAACCCGUCCAACCCCGACCGGAAAGCGUGGCCGAAGAAGCGGGAUGGUACCCGCCCAUGCCGGAAGAGCCGGUGUCCGCUCCCCGAGAACGAGCAUCAAUUGUGAUCGGUGGCAGCGCCCCGAAGCCAGCGCUGCAGGAAGAGGCGGCGGAUGAUGCCCCUUGGUAUCCGCCGAUGCCGGAGGAAAAUCCCCAGUCGGUAGCGCGUGAAAGGAAGCCGAUUGUUAUUGGAGGAUCGGCGAAGGCUCCCGAAGCGGCUACGCCUAUAGCAGGAUCGUGUGUGAUGGAUGAUAGUGCGAUUAUCAUGGGAGACUCGAAUAUGGGUGCACCGCCUCCGAACGCCCAGAGGGAUACGAUCCCGGUACCUGCGGACACUCCGGUUGUGCAUGACGUAGCACUUCCUACCUCGGUGCCUCCACCUCCAAGACUAGAAUUUACUCACCCCAACGUCGUUGCGUCGACAGAGCCAAUUACCGCCAUUCCCGAACCCAAGGUCACCGCACCUGUCGACCCGCGCGGUGUCCUCGGCGAGUGGUAUGCCGCGUCCCUGGAGCGCUACAGAGACAUCCUCUUCCAGGAAGCGGCGGCGCCGACCAUCGCGGAAAAAUCCCGGCUCUUCACCUCGUUCGUGAAAUACGAGUUGGCGCAGCGAAAUAUCGAUUAUCCGGUCACCCCUUCGUCGUCGAAGGGUGACGCCGAGUUGAUGCAUGCGGACAGACGAUCGCCCAGCCCGGUGAGGGUUGAGGAGAAGCCGAGCCAGCUUAGAAGCGAGCCGGCAAGGCAAUCGAUGACCUCGCCUCUCCAGAUGGACUCGUACGUGAUGGUGGAGCCAACCGACGGGGAAUAUAGCCCCGGUGGCCGACCGAUCCACCGCGGGCAGUUGAAGCGACAGCAGACUCUUCCGCUCGAGAGCGUCCCCCCCCCGACGACGGUUUCGAGAGCACAGUCCUUAUCAGGGAACACCCCGCCCAGCCAACCGCCGUUAGCGUCGCCGGAGCACGUCGUCAAGUUCCCGAAACAGCGAGAGGGGUCGAUCAGCCCGCUGCACAGUCGCCCGAGCACGGACACGCCGCCGAGGACGGACACGCCACCUGGAGGGGUCUACAAGGCGUAUCGUGGUGGAUCGGUCGCAAAUGAUAAAAGUCAAGGGGAGCCGGCAAAUAAGGCGGCGCAUCGCGUGUCGCUGCCGCAGAUACCGGAUGAUCCACCACAGCCGGCAUAUAAACCUUUCUCCGCAAAAUUGCCAACAGAACCGGUCAUCGUUCCACCCCCGGCGCAACAGCCGCCCCCGGUGCAACAGCCGCAGCAGCCGCAGCAACAGGCAGUUAUUCCGCCUGCGUUCGAUCAAACACCCGGACAACCCCUCAAAGCGAGAAAUCCCCAUGAUGAAGUCUUCUUUGAGGAACCGCAGCCAACGAAGCCAGCAAAGGAGCGGCCGGGGAGCGGAAAUUAUUCAAAAUCUGGCUUCCCGGAGCUCGAUAAUCUGGCGUUUCUGGUUCCCGAGAAGAUUGAGAAAGCUCGAGCUGGUCCACAUCUAGAGGCAUUGAGAGCGGCGUUUAACUCGUUUGGAAAGGACUUUAGCUUUUUAGCUGCAAUCCUGAAAGACUGGGAAGUCAAAGCUACGGAUACCCGGACCAAGCUCGAUGCGGAGCGCCGCACACGCGAAUCGGACGCCGAGCGACGAAACGACGAGUUAUUCGCGUCGCAGGAGAUCUCAUACGGCGACAUCAACGACCUUGAAAGCGCCUUCAACGAAGAAGAGCGCACGAAGAAAGACGCCGAAGACAAGAGCGAGUGGGAAAGCUACGUCCGCGAGGUCUUCGACCCUAGCUAUAGCCGCCUGCAAGAAGAAAUCCGCCAAAUCAUGGAAGUCUACGUCAAAGUUGAAGACCUCCUCCGCCACGACGCCAUCGCCGGCGUCGUCGCACUUUCCCCUUUCGCCUCCGACGACGACGACACCCUCGACGACACCCGCCCAUCCAUCCCCGCCGCCACCCGCCUUCUCACCGACGUCUACCAGCGCAUCGACGUCUGCCACAAAGCCGUCACCGACACCGUUGCGGAGCGCGAUCGACGCUACAAGAAAGCCGAGGUGCGCCGCCUCUACGCCGCGAACAGCAUCCAGAAGAUGAAGACAAUGGAAAAACACUUCGAGCAGGCGGAGAAGGCGGCGGUGCUGCGCGCCAGCCAGGAGCGCGCGGACCGGGUGCGGCGCGCGUGGGAGGUGGUCUCGGCGUCGACGGAGCGGGCGACGCGGCAGAACGGGGGGGACGUGGCGGCGAUCGCCGCGGCGGCGGAUCGGAUGUUUCCCGGGCUAGAGUUGCGGAAGGCGGGGAUGGAUGGGGGGGGGAAGGGGCGGUUGAAGGAGGUGGUGGGGCAGGCGACGGGGGCGGUGGAGGCGCUGACGGAAUCGUCGGAGGGGUUAAUGCGGGGGUUCCACGAGUUGGAUUUGCUGCUGAGUCAGGUGGAGUUCGAUAUCAGCGUGGCGGCGUCGCGGAUUGAGAAUGCGUCGGCGGAGGCACUGGGGGGGUUGGAGGCGCAGAAGAGGGUGGAAGAUCGGAGAUUGGAUACGGAAUUUGAGAAGCAUAUGGGGACGUUGAAGAAGGAGUUGGAUCUGGGGAAGGAAAUGCUGAGGAAACUCUCGAUCUGAAGGGAUGAGCUCACGUCGAGGGCGCACGAUGAUCUGGUACGUCUUUCUAUAAAUUGCCAAUUCGUGGUUGCAUAAGAGCGAUUCCUUUAGCGUGUCGCUGAUACUAUCGUGUUGUCCAUUGGGGUUAGGGUUGCUCAA